AUGAUCGGCUUUGGCAUCUUCACCAUGCUGCUUUCGCUGGUGGUGCCCUGCUGUGGCUAUCUGGGUGCCAAGAACAACAACAGAUCGUGCGUCUGUUGCUUCGCCUGGUGCAACUGCUUCGGAGGCUGCCUGCAGUUGUUGUACUGCGUGCUCAUCAUCCUCUUCUUUGCGGUGCUCGGAGUCAUGCAAGAGACCUGCAAGCCGCUUUUUGGUGUUCCAGUUGAGCAGCAGAAAUGCCCAGGCAUCAUGAAAGGCUGUGAAUCGAUGAACAGUCCGCACUAUGACCUCUCCAAGUAUGAAGGAUGUUACGACUACAUGGUGGAGUUGACUCCUGGACUGUAUGCCGGCUUGGGCGUAGUCCUUGGCUUCUCCUGCUGCGUCAUGUCCUUGCAAUGUGCCAGCUGCUACUGGGGUCGGGAUCUUUAUACGGAGCUGGACAGAGAGGACCUCUGCAUUGGAUCUGAUUCUGAUUAUCCUUGA